AUGUCGAAACGCGGCGCAUCUCCCCCGCCUGGUGGCGUACUCAUCAAACGUGCGCGCUCAGGGAGCCCCGCUCCGAAUACGCAAAUCGCCAUCUCCUCGUCCAACGACGAAAGGCAGCAAGCCCUCAUCCGCACCGUCAAGCGAACAAGUAGUCUCGAGGCUCCUAUCAUCAGUCUGUCGGGCGCACAUGGCGGCGAGAUUCUCAGUUGCAGAUUCGACCCCAGUGGUCAAAAUAUUGCCGCAUGCUCCUCGGACCGCGGUGUCUCCCUAUGGCGCACAUACUCCCCCAACACCAACUACGGCCUGCUCUCGAGUAUCCACAAAGCCCCCAUCCUCGACCUCCAGUGGUCGCUCGCCUCGCAGCUCAUGUACACCGUCUCCGCCGACCACACGAUGAACGUGAUGGACCUCACAACCGGCCAGCGUGUGCGUAAACUCCAGGCUCACCGCGGCAUCAUUAAUUCCUUGGACAGAACUCUCGCAGGCGGCGCUGGAGUCGAGCUCGUCGUCACCGGCUCUGACGACGGCACGGUCCGCGUCUGGGAGGGCGGCGACGAGGGCCCGAAGCAGCCUGUGAGCGUGUUCGAGCUGGGGUGCCCCGUCACCUCCGUCUGCUGGAGCGCGGACGGUGCGAGCAUCUACGCGGGGGCGUUGGACAACGAGAUCCACGUCAUCGACUUCCGCAAAAACGAGGAGGUCUAUAGCCUCAUGGGCCACACGGACACCCCGACGUCGCUGUCGCUCUCCCCCAACGGGCACUACCUCCUCUCCCCCUCGCUCUCCUCGCAGACCCUCAUCCACGACAUCCGGCCGUUCUCCCCCUCCCCGAACCGCAUACACCGAGUCCUGAUGGGCGCCCCCGCCGGUUUCGAACACACGCUCCUCCGCGGCGCGUGGAGCAGGGACGAUGAUGGGCGGCGUGUUGGCGUUGGAGGUGCUGACAGGACGGUAUGCAUCUGGGAAGUCGAGAGCGGCAAGGUGCUCUACAAGCUCCCAGGGCAUAAAGGCACUGUCACUGCCGUCGACUUCCACCCCAAGGAACCUAUCAUUCUCACUGGUAGCAAAGAUGCCACCUUGCUCCUGGGUGAGAUCGAGCCUGCUAUCGCUGUGUAA